GAGAUUCCCAAGACUCUCACUCAAAUGUACACACACUUCCUGAUGGCACAGAUUAACAUUAAAGUCACAAAGUACAAUGAGAAGAAGGACACUGACAAAGAGAUGAUUUUCAAACUAGGGAAACUGGCAUAUGAGCAACUGGAUAGAGGCAACCUGAUCUUCUAUGAGGAAGACCUGAGAGAGUGUGGCAUUGAUGUGACAGAAGCAUCAGUGUACUCAGGAUUGUGCACUCAGAUCUUCAGAGAGGAGUUUGGCUUGUAUCAGGGGAAAGUCUUCUGCUUUGUUCAUCUGAGCGUUCAGGAACAUCUAGCUGCUCUAUAUGUGCACCUCUCCUGUACAAACCACAACAGAAAUGUGUUUGACCAAAUCCCCAAACAGAGUUUGCGGUCAAAAAACUUGUUUCAGCUCAAUUCAGAACAUGUUUCAUUAUCUGCUCUGCAUCAGAGAGCUGUGGAUGAGGCUCUACAGAGUAAAACUGGUCAUCUGGACCUUUUCCUGCGGUUUCUUCUGGGUCUGUCAGUGAAGACUAAUCAGAGUCUUCUACAAGGACUAAUGACACUGACAAAAAUCAGCUCUAACAGCAAUGAGGAAACAGUUGAGUACAUCAAGAAGAAGAUCAGGAACAUAUGCUCUCCAAAAAAAAUCAUCAAUCUGUUCCACUGUCUGAAUGAACUGGGUGAUCAUUCACUAGUGGAGGAAAUACAACAGUAUCUGAGAUCUGGAAGAAUAGCAGAAGCCAAUCUCUCCUGUUUGCAGUGGUCAGCUUUACUGUUUGUCUUGUUGACAUCAGAGCAAAUGAUGCAUGUUUUUGAGCUGAAUAAAUUUGUUAGAAGAGAAAAUACUUCAAAUAAAGUUCUUCGGAAGCUACUUCCUGUGAUUAAAGAAUCCACAUCAGCACAUUUAGAAGACUGCAAUAUCACAGACAAAAGUUGUACUGCUUUGGCUUCAGCUCUGAGAUCAAACCCCUAGCACCUGAGAGAACUGGAUCUGUCUCAGAAUAAAAUAGGAGACUCUGGAGCGACUGCUCUCUCUGCUGGACUGGAGAAUCCUCACUGCAAAUUAGAGAAACUGGGGUUGAGGUUUUGUGGUGUCACAAAUGAAGGUUGUGCUGUUCUGGCUUCAGCUCUGAGAUCAAACCCCUCACACCUGAGACAUCUAGAUCUGACUCUUAAUAAA